GAUUCACCAAGUAUUUUAAGAUCCUUAACUAAGAGGUACAAAAUAGAAAUGAUGAUGGAAAUAGUGUUCCAGUUAUUUACUUAGGGAAAAGUGGGCCCAGCAGCAGAAAACUGACACCACUUUAAAAAAUCUCUGCUGGGUUUUGACACCUGAAUGAUGACUCCACAUGGGCAGCAUGAUCCCAUUACCCUUUCUGUACACACACGCUAUUGACUUGAGCAUUACAAGACCUUUGUUUUGGCCGCUUGCUUACCAGUAGGAGACCAUUCUCACCAUACUGAUGUGUUUGAUCUCACUGUUGUCUCUGAAAGACAGGAGCUUCCCUCCUGUCUUUUGGUUCUGAUGCUCACUUCCAAUGCAUCUCCUGCAGCUGGGAAAGAUGAGAUUGACAAUCCCAUGCCGUGCUGUGACCUGCACACAUCUGCAGUGUUUUGAUGCUGCUCUUUAUCUACAAAUGAAUGAGAAGAAACCCACCUGGAUUUGUCCUGUUUGUGAUAAAAAGGCAGCUUACGAGAGUCUGAUAUUAGAUGGGCUCUUUAUGGAAAUACUUAAUGAAUGCUCUGAUGUGGAUGAAAUUAAAUUCCAAGAGGAUGGUUCCUGGUGCCCUAUGAGGCCUAAGAAGGAAGCUCUGAAAGUAUCCAGUCCACCGUGCACCAAAAUAGAAAGUUCCAGUGUUGUCAGCAAACCAUGUUCUGUGACCGUGGCCAAUGAGACAAAUAAGAAGAAAGUUGAUGUUAUUGACUUGACGAUAGAAAGCUCUUGACAAUAGAAGUCCUCCGAUGAAGAGGAAGCUCCUCCUGCCAAAAGGAAGUGCAUAUUUAUGUCUGAAACGCAAGGAAGCCCGACCAAAGGGGUUCUCAUGUAUCAACCAUCUACUGUAAGAGUGCCCAGUGUGACAACGGUUGACCCUGCUGCUAUUCCUCCAUCAUUAACAGACUACUCAGUACCAUUCCACCACCCACCAAUAUCAAGUAUUUCAUCAGACUUGCCAGGUCUGGAUUUUCUUUCACUAAUUCCAGUCGAUCCACAGUACUGUGCUCCUAUGUUUUUGGAUAGUCUCACCUCAACAUUAACAAGCAACACCCCUGGCAGCAUCAUCACCUCAACCAGCCACCACGAGAGCAGCACUCACGUUAGUUCUUCAAGCAGGAACGAGACCGGAGUCAUAACUAGUAGUGGAAGCACAAUUCCCGACGUCAUCUCAUUAGACUGAAACCCUGGGCAGCAAGAAACUGGAGAAGCAAUCGCACAGAGCUGCUCACCAUAACCGAGACACGCAACUUCAGCAUCUCGGAAGUUAUUUUGAUAUUUAUUGAAAGACGGAUGGAUUCUGUCGCUUUCUAAAAGCGGAGAUUAAAUUAACUACAGUGACAGUAGGAACUGAAGUGAUUAGAAUCUUUUUGUUUUUUCCCUCGCUCGUAAGAGAGAAACUUGGAAUAAAAAGAGACCCAUUCAGAACAGGCCCACUACCCUGUCCAGCUUGUUCUGGGGAAACGCUUGGUUUUGUUGCCAGAUGGAUUCCACAAGUGGCUUUGUAUUUUUGUUGUAAUACACAGCAAUAAUGUAAAAAGAGAACUUUUUUUUUUUUUUAAUAAUGGCACUUAAUGGCUCUAGGAUGACAAGAGCAUAUAUUUAUCCUGGAUGCAAGAACAGGGUGCAGAAGUAUGCAUUGCCGAACUUUUAAUCCUUCACUGGGGCCUGUAAUAAACUUCAUUUGAGAGAAUGAAGCUUUGUGAAAUAGCCAUGGCUUGUGUUUAUAUUUGUUUAGGUUGUUCCCUACCUCCUCCUUACCCUGGAAAAUACUUCCGUGAAUUGUUUGGUGGGGUUUUUUUUCUCCUGACUUCAUGUUGUUUACUUAUGAAUGCAAACAAAAUCCUAAGCUGUGACUACUUCCUCUUCCUAGUGGAUUUUUAGAGAAAAAGAAAACUAUGCAAAUCCUGCAUCAUCCACACACCUCUAUGUGCAUUGUCAAUUCAUAGUGUAAAAGCAUUACUAUGCAGAGCCUGGCUGUAGGCCGUAAUUUCUGGUUAGACCUCUUGUAUCAGGUGAAACACAAGUUAUUGUUCAAACAACUAACUCCUUGUUUUCUUUCUAUAACUACCUAACCAGAACAGAUAGUCAAACUGAGCUGCAAGCCUUUCUGUGCAGCUCUUACAGUUGCCAAGAAACUACUUAAUUUUUUUAUCUCAUUCUUUGUCCAGUGGAGGAUCAUUCUCGAGCCUGUAUGUUGCCCAAGGUUGACUUUAUUGGUGUGCUUAAAUGACUAAUGAGCCUUCCCUUUUUAGGGUUGCUGCAUGGUUUCCCACACUGUGGGGAAAGUAAUUGUUGUCUGUCCAUUGCUGUGUUGCUAGUUGUGCAGACUCCUGUAAUUGCAUCCUCAAAUGCUUGUAGGCACUUACUGUCCCUGCAAAACCAAAAUAUAUAUAUAUUUAUAUAUGAGAUCUAAUUGUACAUGCUCCCAGUAGUUUGGCUGGUCCAUCUAAAGAUUUGCUGAUUAGAUUUUAAAUGAACCCUUUUCCAUCCCCUCUCCCAUAAGUUGGAUGUUUCCCCUCUGCUGCUUCAUUUGUGUAGCUGCCGAAGUGUACACGGUAUUCACACUGCUGCAUGCAGAUGUCAUGAGACCAAGAAAGGAAUGAGGAAGUGCUUUUGCUUCAGAACUGGAAUUACGGCAUUGCUGUAUCUUCUGCAUAUCUUGACAUGACCACUUUGCCAAGUGUUGUGCUUCACGAGUAUCUGUAUUUAAAAUUCUUCAGGUAGCAACCAGUUUUCACUCGUCAUUUAAUCUUGCUAAGUUUUCUGCCUUUUCCCCCAACUUUUGUCUUUUCCCUAAGUGGGGGAGAUGCUUGCCUUCCACAGUUGUAGGCAUACGCAUGGCAGUUUAUCAUGGUAUCUGAACCAAGUAUGCAGAGAGAGCUCAUUGUAGAGCCCUCCAGCAAUCUUCCUCCAUGUUUUCUGUAGCGCUGAGACUUUUUCUUUGUAUGAUCUUUCAGCUCUUGUUCAGCUUAUGUCUUAAUAGAGCAGCCACUAUUUUUCCCCCCUUCGUCUUCUAGUUUUGUACCUGUCAGUGAUCAAGCUUUUCCCCCCGCCCCCAGCAUGAUUUAUGCUUAAUAAAGCCAUGCUGCUUGUUGUUCGUUUCUAGGCGACUAGUUGAUCCUCAGUACCGAUUUCCUAAUGAACUGAAGGAAAACCAGCACAAUUGCAUUAGCUGAUAUUUAAUCCAUGCU